UUUUUACUUACCGAUUUUUUACUUUACAGUUUACCUGACACCACAUGAAUCAUAUCCGUUAAACUGUUAAAAUGCGGAUUUAUUUAGUGUUAAAGGCGUAUCUGGAUGUGCUUAUGGUGUUAUGGUAUCUUUGUUUUAUUAUAUUUUAUCUUUAUUUCCUGUUUAUUCCUGUUAUUUUCCCUCUUCUCAUGUUAGUUUAGUUUAUUUUAAAUUCAGUCCGGCUGUAAAACCUUUAAACCUUCUGUUCUGUUUAUUCCUCUGCUGCUCUUCACCUUUAAAGCUCCGUUAUGUUUGGAAUAAAGGAAACUAUGAGGCUCUUUGUGGCCGAAACAAAAAGGAGAGCUGCUUUCUGUCAGCAGGUGAAGCUUUUCUGUCCCGGCCUCCUGUCGUCUUUGUCCUGGUCCGUCCCUCCGUCCCUCCGUCCCUCCGUCCGUCCCUCCGUCGCCCCGCCUGCUGCUUUUAUUCAGCGUUUCUCUCUGCAGGUCAGACAGCAGCUGGAGAUGGACGGAGGAGAAGCAACGCUCCGUUUACCCACAAACCACCUCACCGCCCGGCCCUGAGUCCUCGUUCAUCUGGAGGAGGACCAGCUGAUGGUCCACAAGGACACCCUUCAGCUGCAGGAUUAAAGUUCCUCUGAUGAAGAGCCGACGUCUCUUUGAGGAUAAAAAGACAAAAAGCUGCAGCGUUCUUCUGUUUAGCGUCAGAGUCGUGGUUCUGCUGGUGACUGGAGACGCUGGUGUCGGGUUCUACCGGAUCAUCCAGUAAGAAAACACCGACGGAAACCAGAGCAGCAGCAGAUCCUCAGACUGGAGCACAAAGAAGCUCCAGAAAGGAACCUGGAAACCUCCCAGAGACCCUCGUCUUCCUCCUCCACCCUCGUCUGAUCAGCUGAUGGAUGAUCAGUAACGCAGUGGCUCGGGGUGAACAGUGCUGGAGCUCCUGCAGAUGUUUCGGAGUAGGAGACCAUGGCAGCUGAUCCAGUGACAGCAGAGCAGCGACCUUAAGACUCAGACGGACUCUAGAGACUCUAAAGACCAGGACCAGGACCAGAGACCGGACCAGAGGACGGCCGAGGCGUCGCCAUGGUGAACACGGGGAUGCAGCUGAUCAGCUUCACCUGCGCCGUCACCGGCUGGAUCAUGGCGAUCGCGGUGACGGCGCUGCCCCAGUGGAAGGUGUCGGCGUUCAUCGGCAGCAACAUCCUGACGUCGGAGAUCAAGUGGGAGGGCAUCUGGAUGAACUGCGUGUACCAGACCACGGGCCACAUGCAGUGUAAGACCUACGACUCCAUGCUGGCGCUGCCGCCGGACAUCCAGGCGGCCCGCGCCCUCAUGUGCCUGGCCAUCUUCAUGGGCUGGCUGUCCUGCACCGUCUCCUGCUGCGGGAUGAAGUGCACCACCUGCGCCGGAGACGACCGGCGGGCCAAAGCCGGCAUCGCGCUGUCGGGCGGCGUCCUCUUCAUCCUGACGGGGCUCUGCGUCCUCAUCCCCGUCUCCUGGACCGCCAACACCGUCGUCCAGGACUUCUACAACCCCAACGUGCCGCUGAUGCACAAACGGGAGCUGGGCCAGGCCAUCUACCUGGGCUGGGCCGCCGCCGUCAUCCUGAUGAUCAGCGGCGCCGUCCUGAGCAGCACCUGUCCUCUGAUGGAGCGAGGAGGACGCUACCGACGGGGCUACAUCGGACGGAGCUUCGCCAACUCACCGGCCACGGCUCCGGAUCCGCCCAAACCCAUCAUCUCCAACAACCUGCCUCUGAAGGAGUACGUCUAGACCGGGGGGUCCACAGGUCCAGGACUACAUCCAGACCUCCAGACCUCCAGACCUCCAGACCUCCAGACCUCCAGACCUCCAGACCUCCAGACCUCCAGACCUCCAGACCAGACAAGAAAAACCAGAACAUGACAACCUCUAAAUAACCACAACUCCUGAUGGGUCCUAAUGUUCACAUUUAAGGAAUUAUCUUUUUACUAAACAUCAUGAACAACCUGAACAAGUGACAAAAAAAUGGACAAAAACGAGACACAAAAUGACAAAAAUUGAUACAAACGACACAAAACAAAAUAGACAAAAAAGUUAUGUGACAAAAAUGCCAGCAAAACAAAAAACCUUACAAAAUGACAAAAACUUUACACAAAACAACAAAUAAAGUGAAACACAAAAUGACAAAAACAAGACAAAACACAAGCGAGACAAAAGGAAACACAAAACGACAAAAACAUGAGACAAACGACAAAAGUGGGACGAAAAAGACAAAAAAACAAAACAAGACAAAAUAUUACAAAGAUGAGACACAAAACAAAAGAACAAUGAACAAUCUAGUAUUUUACUUUCUGAUCCAAACAACUUGUCAUGGUCUAGAAGUUAUUUUAAAUUUAUAGUUUUACUAAUUUACAAUCUGCAGUUAAUGUCUUCUCUGGAAUUUUUACACUUUGAGGACCGGAUCGGACCCUUUGGAAGAUUGGACCCUCUGGAGGACCACUUUUGGUCCACAGGCCUCAUGUUGGACACCCCUGGUCUAAAGACAAACUGAACGUCUCCAGAUCCACCAGAUCCAGCCUGAAGAAAGCCUCCAGGACCAACCAGGACCAAUCACUGGGCUUCAAUGAUGGCUCGUGUUGUGACGGUUGCUGUGGUUUCCUCCUGAAGUGUCACAUGAUGCUGGCUGAUGACAUCACAGCGGUGAAAUAAAACCAGUUUGAAGUGUGAUAAAAACAA